AUGACCUCCGCACCACCAGUAGUGGCCUAUACUGGGGGAAUCCCAGGGCUCAGAGCCACAGCCGCUGGUUCUGCUGCUUCUUCUGCUGCUCGUGGUGGGGUUGGUGGUGGUGGUGCUGGUGGUGGUGUUGGUGGUGGUGUUGGUGGUGGUGGUGUUGGUGGUGGUGUUGGUGGUGGUGGUGUUGGUGGUGGUGUUGGUGGUGGUGGUGGUGGUGGUGGUGGUGGUGGUGCUGCUGCUGCUGCUGCUGCUGCUGCUGCUGCUGCUGCUGCUGCUGCUGCUGCUGCUGCUGCUGCUGCUGCUGCUGCUGCUGCUGCUGCUGCUGCUGCUGCUGCUGCUGCUGCUGCUGCUAAACGUUCCAUUGACUCAAAAGCCGCAUUCAAGGCUGCGGCACACGCUUCUGAACGCGGUGCAGGUAGCCGACUCGAUAUAAGCACACCCAGAGCAAGCAGCAGCGCGAAAGCUGUAUACCCGGGAGCAGCAGGCGCAGGCAGCAGCAGCACCUACUGGAGCAGCGGGGGAGGAAGCGGAGAGAGAAAAUCCUUCCGACCCUUAGCUGAUUUGCCUCAGGUUAAAGCCUAUCAGCAGCACCUUCUCAGCACACACAGGUCUGCCCUGGCCUCGGUGGGAGCCUCGGAAUCGAGCCUACUCUACAGCUACGGAGUCACAGCGAAUGCUGUGUGUGCGUCUUUGACAGCGCAGCAGGCAGAGGAGUUGAGAAAGCGGCCAGGGGUGGGGCAGGUGGUGAGGGCGAAGGGGAAAGUGCGAGCUUUUACGACGUACACGCCCAAGUAUAUGAAGCUGGGGAAGGCGUGGGGGGGCGUGGGCGGGCAGGGGCGAGCAGGGGAGGACGUGAUAAUUGGAGUGCUGGACUCGGGGAUUUGGCCGGAACACCCAUCCUUCUCGGACAAGGGCUAUGGACCAGUGCCCAAGCGGUGGAAAGGGGCGUGCACAGGACUGAGCAGGUGCAACAAAAAGCUGAUCGGAGCGCGCUACUUCCUCAAGGGCUACGAGGCGGAGUAUGGCAAGCUGGCUCGGGGGGAGUACCGCUCUGCCCGGGAUGCUGGCGGUCACGGCACGUGGUGUGCAGGGGCAGCAGCAGGCAACGCCGGGGUGGUUCUGACUGACGAGUUUGGAUCGACAGCGGGGCCAGCCAGUGGCAUGGCGCCACGUGGCAGGCUGGCAGUCUACAAGGCGAUCUGGUUCAACGCGUCAGAGGGGUACGGCCACGACUGCGACAUCUUUGCAGCCGUUGAUCAGGCCGUCGCGGACGGUGUGGAUGUGCUCUCCAUGAGCAUUGGAUCCGGCGAGGAUACCUACUUUGGCGACCUGCCCUUGUUAAGAGCGGUGCAGGCGGGUGUGUUCCUGGCCAUGGCAGCGGGCAACGAGGGCCCACCCCCUACGACUCAGAAGCCCUUUGGGUUCCGCACUCUCAGCAACGCUGCUCCCUUCUAUCUCACUGUCGCCGCCAGCUCAACAGAUGACGACUGGGGUUUCUUUGGUCGCUCUGCACAGUCAGCAAAGUCAACGCAAGUCAACGGCACCUCGCUGCCUGCUGCUGCAACUGCCGUCCAGCCAAGCCAGCUCUCAGACCCCAUGAUGGCCCCCUUCUCCUCCGCCGGACCUCCCUUAAACCCCAACAAGUUACCCUCCUCCUCGCCCACCCUCACCAACAACCUCUUAAAGCCAGACAUCACUGCCCCUGGUAUCACCCGCCUUGCUGCUGCUCCCGGGGGCACUAAUGCCUUGCAUGGUGAUGGUAAGAGCAUGGCCCACAUUUUGUUUCCAGGCACUUAA